UUGGGAGCUCGCUGAGCAGGUGGAGGAGUCAUUGUGAUCUGUUAGUGUUUUGGGGCCUAGGAGGGCUUUGAAUUUGUUUGCUUUUGUCUUUCACAAAGCCCGAGGUCGGCCGCCAAGUCAGGGAAAUUUGAAACACGGGAGUGUUGCUCCUUUGCCCCCCGCCCUCGUCCUGCAGGCGUUGGCCUUGGAGGAAGCGAGGAGGUAAGGUGGGGCUCGCCUCCCGUGGCGGGAUUGCGGAAGUCGCGGGGCGCCGCAGCCCUGUUCCGCCCGGCGGGAGCGGACGCCCAGAAGGAAGGACCGGCCUGCCCCUGCCCCUGCCCGCCCUCCCUCGGGCCGCAAGACCUUGCGGAGCUGCCUAGAGUGCAGACUUGGACGUGAAGGCUUGCGGAGGAGGACUGAGCUACAUGAGGGUGGGCACUGCACGGUUCGCGUACAUUUGGUCAGCUGCGAACCGGCAGCGUGGGAUUCGUGGUCAUCUCGCCGCCUUGCCACGACUUCACCAUGUACCUGUGUUCUCGGUUAAGUCGGCUGUACGGGGGUUUAUUAUCCAGACCCAUCGGAAGGAACGCGCAGCCAGUCUGGAGGCCCCUCUACAGAAGUCUGAUGCUGAGUUCCCAGAGGAAAAUUCCAGGCAAAACAUCUUCAUAGUCCUCAGAGACUGCCAUGGUCUUGUCCAAGUUGUCAUCCCCCAGGAUAAGUCAGCAACUUCUAUGAAGAAGAUUUUAUGUGAAGCUCCUGUGGAAUCUGUGGUGAAAGUAACCGGAACAGUUAUUUCCCGACCUCCAGGACAAGUGAAUCCAAAAAUGCCAACAGGUGAAAUUGAAAUCAAAGUUAAAACAGCUGAACUUCUGAAUGCCUGCAAGAAACUGCCCUUUGAAAUUAAAGACUUUGUGAAGAAAACAGAAGCUCUUCGUUUGCAGUAUCGGUACUUAGAUUUGCGUAGUUCCCAAAUGCAGUACAAUCUUCGACUGAGGUCCCAGAUGGUCAUGAAAAUGCGGGAGUAUCUUUGUAAUCUGCAUGGAUUUGUGGAUAUAGAAACCCCAACGUUGUUUAAGAGGACCCCAGGAGGUGCCAAAGAAUUUUUAGUACCAUGCAGAGAACCUGGAAAGUUUUAUUCUCUUCCUCAGAGUCCUCAGCAAUUUAAGCAGCUUCUGAUGAUUGGUGGUUUAGACAGAUAUUUUCAAGUUGCCCGAUGUUACCGAGAUGAAGGUUCAAGACCAGACAGGCAGCCGGAGUUUACUCAGAUUGACAUAGAGAUGUCUUUUGUAGACCAGACUGGGAUCCAGCGUUUAAUUGAAGGUUUACUCCAGUACUCCUGGCCUGGUGAUAAAGAUCCUAUUGUUAUUCCUUUUCCUUCUAUGACUUUUGCUGAGGCAUUGGCAACCUAUGGAACUGAUAAACCAGAUACUCGCUUUGGAAUGAAGAUUGUAGAUACCAGUGAUAUUUUCAGGAACACAGAGAUCAGAUUUCUUCAGGAUGCACUCACUAAGCCCCAAGGAACUGUGAAAGCCAUGUGUGUCUGUCAAGGAGCAAAGUACUUAAACAGGAAAGACAUUGAGUUCAUUAGAAAAUUUGCAGCUGACCAUUUUAAUCAGGAAGUCUUACCUAUAUUCCUGAAAGCUAAUAAAAACUGGAAUUCACCAGUAACUAAAUUCAUAACGGAGGAACAAAGAUGGCAAUUAACCAGACUAAUGGAAAUCCAAGAUGAAGACAUGGUGCUACUAACUGCCGGACAGCACAAGAAAGCAUGCUCUCUGUUGGGAAAAUUACGACUGGAAUGUGCAGACCUUCUGGAAAUGAGAGGAGUGGUACUCCGUGACCCAACAUUGUUCUCUUUCCUUUGGGUGGUGGACUUCCCCCUCUUCCUUCCCAAGGAAGAAAAUCCCACAGAGCUGGAGUCAGCACACCACCCCUUUACUGCUCCUCAUCCCAGUGACAUUCACCUCCUCUACACUGAGCCUACAAAGGUUCGGAGCCAACACUAUGACUUGGUGUUAAAUGGCAGUGAGAUAGGAGGUGGUUCUAUCCGAAUUCAUGAUGCAGAACUACAGCAUUACAUCCUGGCAGCAUUGCUAAAGGAAGAUGUGAACUUGCUUUCCCAUCUACUCCAGGCUUUAGACCAUGGGGCACCCCCACAUGGAGGAAUUGCCUUAGGCCUAGACAGACUAAUUUGCCUUGUCACUGGAGCCCCAAACAUCAGAGAUGUCAUAGCCUUCCCAAAAUCCUUUCGGGGAUAUGACCUCAUGAGCAGUGCCCCAGAUUUUGUUCCUUCUGAAGAGCUGAAGCACUAUCACAUCCAGGUCUCCUGGCCAACAGACUCUGAAGCAGAAAAAAAGUGCAUUGAAUCAGUCACACCUCCCAGAAAGCUGAGCUUUUGAGUUUGUCCUCAUUGCUUUGGCAAAGCAAAAAUCAGAUCUGGAUCUGCCACAGACCUUAGAAUUGUCUUUGCAAGGAACUAGUCAAGGCAGUGUUUAUCACCACAGUAAAAAGUUUUCCAAGAAUAACUUGAUAACAUGUACCAUUAGGACUUUUUGUGUUUGGGACUUUUGUGGUAGUAUCUUUUUACUUGGAGAAUUAUAAAGUGACUAUCACAAUAAUGUAGCAAUGCAUUGUUUUCUAAUCAUGAGUUUUUCAUACUCAGAUGGGUUAUUCCUGUAAUAAGUACUGCCAUCUGUAGACUAGCCUGUUGGUGAAGGACUUCAUCUAGCCUUAUCAAGAAUCUACAGGGUUGAGGGUGGGGAGAUGGCUUAGUGGUUAAGGCACUUGCUUGCAAAGCCAAUAGACCCAGGUUCAACUCCCCAGGACCCACUUAAGCUAGAUGCACAAGGGGCAUCUGGAGUUCUUUUGCAGUGGCUGGAGACCAUGGCACACCCAUCCUCCCUCUCUCAUAUAGAAUGCAACUUUAUGUUCAUCUGUUAGCAGGUGCAUGUCUUUGUCCCAGCACUUAGAAAAGGAAAAAAUGUUUCAUAAUUUUACUGUGAGCUAAUUGUGACCAAAAUGCUUGUUUUUCUCAAGUCCAGGCUGGCCUCAAACUCAAGGGAACCACUGGGCCUGGCUAUCUUAAAAAAAAAAAAAAAACUUGCAAAGACGGGCACCCUAGGGCCUUUGCAAGCACCACUUUGUGCAUCUGAGUUCACACAUGUACUAGCGAAAUUAACCCAGGCCAGCAUGUGCCUUUGAACCAUUCUCCUAAAAAAUUGUAGACAUUCACUGCCCCAACAAGGGUUCACUGUGUAGCCUGAAAGGCAGCCUAAAGUAUCCCCACAGAAGUGAGCCUUGGUGUUCCUAGUGGCAGGAUGGGCAUGCAUGGGCCUCUAGCCACUGCAACUUACUCCACUAUAGGAUCAAACCUGUGUCCUUUGGCUUUGAGCCACCUUUCCAUCCCCCACACCUUUUUGAACAGUAUGAGGACCCAAUUAGCUGCACAGGUAAUGAGAGAAACCCAACUUUCAGUAUGCCACUCCUCGCAGCUAAAGAUGAGGAUUAUUUCCCUGAUCAUGUUAGUUUCACCUUCCACACCAAAAAGCAACCUCCACUCAUCCACAAGUUUACAAGAUGUCUUUAUUUAUGAUUGUUAUGAUUGUUUACUUUCUUAUUCCAGAGCUUCUAUUCAGGUGCCUGAAACAAAAGAACACUUUCAGUCUUAUGUGCAGACCUCAAUUUAAAUGGUACUUGGAAAACACAACAGAAUAUCAGAUCUUUAAUUAUCAUCAAGUGAUCAGUGAGAGAGUUCAAGCUGGGGUGAUCAUCAUGUAUUCUGGAGUGGCCAGCCACCUCACAGGGAAGUUUUCAAUCCUCACCUCAUGAGGGGUUAUAUGCCGCCAUACUUGCUGCCUUAAAGAGCCCUAAAAGAAAAACAGCUUCAUUACUAAAAAUGUUUUUAAAAACUCCUGAGUGGUACAUGUUACUAUAAUAACCUCAGAAAUGAAGUGGAACGGUUAUAUGUGUGAUAUCACAUCUUAUCAUUUGGCAGAAUCACAGCAUCAUUGGUUAUGUUCUCAGUUAGGGUAUACUUUUUAAAAAAGCUGGCUUACCUUCAAAGUGUCAGGACAACAUGCCAACUUGUCCACCUGUUUGAAAAUGAAGAAUGUUUAAUCGGAAAUUCCUUCUUUUUAGCUGUUUAUUCUUUGGUAGCAAAGGCUUUAGGAUAGUCAUACUGUAGUCUACAAUUACCUUGAACUGAUGGCAGCCCCUUAAAUCUGCCUGAGUGAGUGCUGGGUGGAAGGAAGUCAGCCACUAUGCCCAAGCAAGUGUUAUACUCCAGAAUGUUUAAGGACCUGGGUUCCAUCACUACACUCAAUACUAUCUGGAGCCAGGUAUGGUGGUGUAUUCCUUUAAUCCCACCACUCAGGAUCACUGACUGAGACAAGGAAAUUCUAGGCCAGCCUGGGCUAUAGAGUCCCUAUCUCAAAAUACUACAUGUUACCACACAUUACCACUUUGGAGGUAGAGGUUCCGAGCAGUGCUCUGGAGUUUUGAGGGCAGCCUGAGAGUACACAGUGAACUCCAAGUCAGCUCGGGCUACAGUGAGACAGUGGAGCACUGUCUACCCCUCAACCCAGGUAUGCAUGGAACCCUGUGUUAAUGUCAGGGACAACUUGUGGUAGAUACUUCUGGCUCAGAUACUCUGACUUGCUACCAGGGCCUCUAGCCACUGCAAACCCAACUCCACAUCUAUGUGCCACCAUACCUGACGAUACUGUAACACACCCCAAACCCAUAUGCGAAUAGACAUACUAAAUGUUAAACCUGUUUUUCUUCUGACAGUGCAAGGCUUAACUUUUUGAUGGAUAUACAUUAAACUAUUAAAGCCUGAUACUUCAGAUAGGA